CAAGCCCGCCUCCCGUGCCCGAUCCCAAAGGCCUUCCGCGCCCGCGCCCUCCGGACGGCCGCCUACUCUGGCGACACUCCGGCCGCCGCUGCCGAGCUCCCCCGCCUGCUCCGGCCAGCCUAUACUGUGAAUUUAGAGGUUUCACCACCCUUGCGCGGCAUCUGCUGAAGUUGCUCUAAGAGCCUUGUGGUAGAGAUUUGAAAACUUUUUUCUCUAGUCCUAGUCCAAAGCAAGGUGCAAGCAUGGUUUACAGACAAAUCAUUUCUGUUAUGUGUUGACCGUCGACGAAAGCUACAGCGUGGGAAUAUUUAAAGCAGAGAUGCCGACAUGAUUUUGUGUGUGUGUAUUCUUAAAGACGAGCAUCGUAGGCCAGAGUCAAGUCAACUCAUUCUUGUCUGCGCAGAUCUCGUUGGCUUGGUUUCUACAAAUCAAGCUGAGGCUAGCAGGGAAGCGAUUCUUCUCUGGAGCCUCAUCGUCCCCGGCCGUUUCCUUCUUCUUUUGGCUCUUCACAGCUGCUACUUCUAGAGAGGGAGGAUUCGAUUCCCCCCAAGUGUUCCAUCUUCUCCAGCUUGUGCCUUGUAGCAGCUCAGCUCAAAACUUGUGCUCAAUCAUCAGAAAUGGCGACGGGGGCUAGCGGAGGGCAGCCGAGCGUUCUGAGCACAUUGCCCAAGGAUCUGCCGCUAGAUUUUCUGAAGACUAUCACCGAUCAGUUCUCACCAGAGCGUAUACUUGGUACAGGCGCAUUUGGAACUGUUUAUAUGGGGAUUGCGCCAGACGGGCAAAAAAUUGCGGUGAAGAAACUUGCCGAAAAUACACCAAUCGCGCGUGACAAAGUAUUUACUAACGAGGUUCAGAAUAUUAUGGCUCUGCAACUACAUCAUGAGAAUGUAGUAAAGUUGGUCGGCUACUGCCAUGAAGCCCAAAAGAAAGUGGUGCAAAACAAUGGAAGAUAUAUUGUUGCAGACAUUGUUGAAAGUUUACUCUGCUACGAGUACUUGCCGCAGGGGAACCUUCAGAAGAAUCUUUUUGAGGUAUCCUGUGUAAUGGAUUGGGACACACGCUUCAGAAUCAUCAAGGGGAUCUGCCAAGGUUUAGCCUUCCUACACAGCAUUAACAUUGCCCAUAUGGAUCUUAAACCUGAGAAUAUACUGCUGGAUGAUAAGAUGACCCCGAAAAUUGCGGAUUUCGGUCUCUCGAGGCUCUUUGGUCAAGAACAAACACGGAUGAGAACACAAAAUGUUGUUGGAUCAUAUGGAUACAUAGCUCCAGAAUAUCUAUACAGAGGCGAGAUCUCCACCAAGUCAGACAUAUAUAGUCUUGGCCUAUUAAUCUUGGAGACCACCACAGUUGAGAAAAAUUGUUCCAACAACGAACCAUCUGCGACGCAAUUUAUAAAAAGCGUACAUGAUAACUGGACGGAUGAGCACAUAGUGUCUCAGUGGCCACAUCUUGAUGGGGAUCGCUUUCAGCAGAUAAAAGUAUGCAUCAAAAUUGGACUAGAAUGUGUGGAGAUCGAUCGGCAGAAGAGACCUUCCAUAGAAGAGAUUGUCGAUAGGCUCAACGGAUUAUGGUCAACUGGAAGUUGAAUGCCAUAUGCGAACCAUUUAGUUCGUGAUGCAUUUCAGCUGGUCGUAACAUUCGUACACUAUAUAUGGAACUUCAGAUCUCCAGUUUCCACGGAGCAUGAAACUUCGGUCUUUUCAGCAGAGAUGUGGAAGAUGGAACAACAUGCUUCAUUGUUGCUACAAUGAUUUUGAAAUAAUUCUUUCUGAUGUGCGUCAUUGUGGAUCUUGUUUAAAAUACUUUCUUUUACCCAACUACGUAGUUAUUUCUUAAUGUCAGUACCAAUAAGAACACGACUAGGCAGCGGCGCCCCAGGGCCGAUUUCCCAUGUGGCAUCAUAUUUCCUCUUCUCUCUUGCGUGUAUGCAACAAUAUAUUGGCAUGACAUCAACAAUGAUUUCUUUGAUUUUGAA